GGUGGAAGUAAGCAGGAAAAAGCGGAAGUAGCCUUAAGUUUCCACGGGUGUUGGGGUCAAACGCCAGUAACGUUUGAAGGUAGCAGAGUGUAUUGUUGUGUGUGAGCUGUGGCAGUAACAAUGCCUUCAGUUCAGUAUCUGAGAGAGUUUAUCAACGAGCGACUAACUGCUGCUGCUGAACAAAUAUUCUUGGAGUUUGAAAAAACGAUCGUCCAGUACGAGGAAGAGAUCGACCGUCAGCGCAGACUGCUGGAUAUCACCUGGAAACCCCAAAUCAAGCUUCGGAGGAUAGACCUUCCACUGCGACUCCUCUGCAAAGAGGAGGUGGUUCUCUCUGAGCAGCAGCUCUGGAACCAGGAGAGGAGCUCCAGUGUGGACCAGGAGGAACCAGAACCUCCACAGAAUAUAGAGCAACAGGAGGAACUGUGCAGCAGUCAGGAAGGAGAGCAGCUGGAACUGGAGGAGGAGACUGAUACCUUUAUGGUGACUGCUACUUACAAGGAAAGCGACCUCAGUAACACCAGUCACUCUGACUCCAGUGUGUUUGUUGGGACUGAAUCCAGAGAAGCAUUCAAAGUUUUAAAUAAUUCUACCCAGAUCAAGAAAGACAUCAACCAUCAGCCCAGAGAGCUGGAUGUCACCUCCAGUGCUGAGACAGAUGUGCAUAGAACAGACCUCCCACAGCAGCAUGUCUGUAAGCAGGAGGGGGUUCUCCCUCAGCAGCAGCUCAGGAACCAGGACAGGAGCUCCAGAUUGGACCAGGGAGAACCAGAACCUCCACAGCGCACAGAGGAACAGAACAAACUCUGCAGCAGUCAGGACGGAGAGCAGCCCGUAGUGACAGAGACGAAAACUUCUACGGUGACUUCUGCUCACAGCAAAAGUGACCACAGUGAAUCAGAAGCAAACCGUGACCAGCUCCUCACUCACGGCUCUGCUGCAGCUGAGAGCCGACAUCAGGAAGGAGGGAAGAAGGGAGAUUCAGACUCUGGAAAUCCAGAGUCAAAACUUCACGUAAACAGAAGUCAGAGCAACAAUUCAGAAGAAUUCCCGCCAUCAGCGAGUCGGUGUAACACUGACACGGGUCGAAAAUCUCUCCAGUGUGAAAUUUGUGGAAAGUCUUUUAAGAAAAAGUGUCAAAUAAAGGAGCAUUACAAAAUCCACACAGGUGAGAAACCAUUCACCUGUAAGACAUGUGAGAAAAGUUUUGCUCAGAAGAGCACUUUGCUGCGCCACAUGACUGUCCACACAGGAGAGAGGUUGUUUGCCUGCCACUUAUGUGGCAAAACUUUUAGGCAACGCGGGAAUCUGAUGAUCCACCUGAGAAUCCACACCGGUGAGAGGCCGUAUUCCUGCACAGUGUGUGAAAAGACUUUCAGUCAGAGUAGUCAUUUGUUGGGCCACAUGCGAAGCCACAGAGGAGAGAAGCCGUACCUGUGCGAGGACUGUGGGGAAUGUUUUUCCGAAUCAUCGUCACUUAAAUUACACAAAGUGAUCCACACAGGAGAGAGGCCUCAUUCUUGCCAGUUAUGUGAGAAAACGUUCAUUAAACGCAGUAACCUGCUGCGCCACAUGAGAACGCACACAGGAGAGAAACCGUAUGUUUGUGAGACCUGCGGGGAAAGAUUUACUCUGUCAACGUCGCUAAAAAGCCACAACACGAUCCACACAGGAGAGAAGCCGUAUCACUGUAAAACCUGUGGGAAAAUGUUCCGCCAGAGUCAUCAUUUGUUGUUUCACAUGAAAACCCAUAAACAGACAUUUUAAGAACCACUACCCUAAUGAAAACAUAACGCAUCUUUUAGAAUAUAUUACAUGUUAGAUUCCUUUUCCUUUUGGAGAAAGCCAUGUUUAAAGUCUUCUUGCUGUGGUUGGUUGGAUGCACUGAGAAUCUGUCUGACUGACCAGCAGGACUGAGUUCAUCCAUCCAUCUUCUGCUGCUGGGUUUGGGCCAGUAGCCUGAGCAGAGAAGCUCAGACCUCCUUCAGGGGAACACUCAGGUAUUCCCAAGUCAGGCGAGAGGUGUAAUUGUUCUGGAUCUGCCUCGGGGCCGCGUCCUGUGAUUUUGUUCUUUCAUUUUUUUUUAUUUUUUUUUUAUCCUAAUUUCUUGUUUUGGGAGAUUUCUUUGACACUCUGGAAGAGGACUUUGUAACUGUUCUAAUAGCAUUAUAUCGACCUCUCAGAGAUUCCAGUUAUUUGUAAGUUCAACACAUUUUCAGUGAUGUUCUACAGCAGCUUUUGGAUCAUUUUAUGACAUUUUAAAUUUAUAAUGGUGAUGUAAAUAUUAAAGUGGAGAAGUAGUAUUUCACCUGGUGUCAUCCAUCUGCAGUUUUCGAACAGCAGCUGUAACAGUCACACAAACCUUUUUAUUGUUACUUUGGUUUUUGUGUGCGUCUGAGUGUCAUUUAAACCAGCAGGUACGAGACAAUCUCUCACUGAUAGAAAUGUGUGUUGUUCUUGUUUUUCCGUCUCGUGGUUAUUUGUGAAUUGUGGGCUCAGAUUUUGGAGCGUUGAAAGUGUCACAAAGAAUUUAAUUUCUUUAAUUUCUUUUCUGUUUAAUUUCUUUAAACAGCUUUAAUUUUUCUUCUUUUUCUUUAACUGUUUGUUCGUGUCUCCUUUAAAACUCAAACUGUGGAU